AAAGGUAGCUUGCUUAAGAAGCAAGAGGAAAACCAUCUCGUUUAAAGGAAAAACUGAGGCGCUUUGAGCACGUAGACUAAAGACGACUAAAAGUAGUCUUCCAGCCAACUAAGACAAGCCUACACAAUCCCCAAUCCAUAACUUUUGUGGGCCUCGGGUAUAAAAGGAAACUCGUUCUCAUUGACCUGACAGAGACGGCGGGUACUCGAAAGUAUCAUCAUGGGCUGGAACCUAGGACUCGUUGUAUGUUGCUUGGGCGUUACCCAAGUUUUGGGACAAAGUGUCGAUGCCACCACUAAAAAUGAAACGGUCGAAGAAAAAGCAGCAAAAUUUGUUGACGAAGCGGAAAGCGAACUUACCCAGAUGGCCACAAAGUCGACCAUCAUUGAGUGGAGCUAUGCUACGAACCUCACCGAUGAAAAUGAGCAGAAAUCUUUGGACUUCCAGAAAGAGUUUGAUCAGGUGAAUGUACGUUUGGGUACAGAGGCCAGAAAGUUUGACCUCACUAAAAUAUCGGACAAAGUUCUCAAGCGGAAAUUGAAGCAUUUGUCUUUGAUUGGGGCUUCUGCUCUCCCCAAAGAGAAAUUGGAACGGUACAACAUUCUGCUGAGUCAAAUGCAAAAGAUAUACAGCACUGCCAAAGUCCAAUCCCGAGAUAAUGAAUCUAAAUUGCUCAGCCUUGAGCCUGACCUGAGCAAAAUAUUUGCCGACUCGGAGGAUGCCAAAGAGUUGGAAUACUAUUGGGUUGAGUGGCGUAACCAAUCGGGAAAGCAAAUGCGUGAAAAAUACUUGGAAUUUAUCGAAUUUACAAAUGAGGCAGCCAGGUUAAAUGGAUUGCGAAAUGGUGCCGAGUUAAAAAUCCAAGGCUACGAGUCCGAGACAUUCAUUGAGGAAAUGGAGGAAACUUGGCUUGGACUCAAACCAUUAUAUGAGCAAAUCCACGCUUAUGUGCGUAAUAAGUUGGUUAAAAAAUACGGCAAGGAUGUCGUGAGCGAAAAGGGACCGAUCCCGGCUCAUCUCUUGGGUAACAUGUGGGCUCAGUCCUGGAACAAUUUGGGAAGCUUCUUAAAGCCGUUCCCCGACAAACCCGCCAUCGAUGUAACGGAUGCCAUGGUCGAGCAAGGAUGGACGCCGAAAAUCAUGUUCGAAAAGGCCGAAGACUUCUUCCUCUCGAUGGGAUUGCCGCCCAUGCGAGAAGAGUUCUGGAAUGGAAGUAUCAUCGAGAAACCGGACGACGGCCGGGAAAUGGUCUGUCAUGCGUCUGCUUGGGAUUUCUACAACGGAAAGGAUUUCCGCAUCAAGCAAUGCACCACAGUCACUGAAGAAGAUUUCAUCACCGUUAACCACGAGAUGGGACACACUCAAUACCAAAUGAGUUACGCCAAUUUGAGCUACUUGCAUCGUAACGGAGCCAAUGCGGGAUUCCACGAGGGCGUGGCUGAUAUUCUUUCCUUGGCCGUUGGAACACCUUCGUAUUAUCAACGCCUGGGUUUAAUGAAAGACGAUUUUGACAUCACUGACAAGGAGACGAAUAUUAACUUGCUGUUUGACACAGCUUUGGAAAGACUAGCAUUUAUGCCUUUCGGCUAUCUAAUUGACAAAUACCGAUGGGACUUGUUUCGUGGUUGGGCAAACGAGACAAACAUGAAUUGUCAUUGGGUCAAACUGCGAUUGGACAUUCAAGGCGUGGCACCUCCCGUUAAACGGUCAGAAGAGGACUUUGACGCCGGAGCGAAAUAUCACGUGGCUGCCAAUACUGGCUACAUUCGAUACUUUGUAGCCUACAUUUACGAGUUCCAAUUUUACAAAGAGCUCUGUGAAGUCUCGGGCCAAUACGAUCCCAACGAUCCUAAGAAGCCCCUUCAUCUUUGCAACUUUUAUGGCAAUAAAGAAGCUGGAGACCGCCUGUUGUCAAUGAUCAGUUUGGGGGCGUCCAAACCAUGGAAGGAGGUGAUCAAGCACAUGACUGGUUCUCCCAAGAUGGACACGGGAGCUUUCCGUGAAUAUUUCCGUCCUUUAGAGAAAUGGUUAGAAGAAGAGAAUCGCAAGAACGGCGUCCAUGUUGGAUGGGAAGUUGAAGAUCUAGGGAAAUACUGCCAAGCAUCCACUAACGCAACUAGUUCUUAACAAAACCAAUCCCUUUGGACCCAUGAUCACGGUUGUUGCGUGAGCACCAUGGACCUGCAACCAUCAUGAGAAGAGAAAUCUUGGAACAGUUGUUGUUCCAAAAUCCGUAGCAGACGAAAUAAAGCACGUC